AUGGCGACACAUUCGACCCUUCAUCCAAGCAGCAGUCUAGAGCCAGGACGUCUUUACGCCUUGUUGACAUAUCGCGGAGACCUUGCAUCUUGGAACUGGGCUUUCUUUGUCCCUGAUCCCGCCCAAUCACCAAUUGGCUCGGGCGGGACUGUGUUCCAUGUCAAAAGCGAUGUUAAUAAUGCGAAUCGCUGGGUGUUCGAGACAGCGAGCAAGGAUAUCGUGGGGUCGCCGUUGACUGUUGCGAUUGUCCGGCUGGGGGAUCUGGAGAGUCUAGGGGCUUAUCAUGAAGUGGUCGGGAUGGAUGGAUUGCUCUCGAUGUUCAAGACGGUGGAGAUCCCGAAGGUCGAUGAUGGCCGGGUCAUAGAUCGGCAUGGUGCUGAAUUCAGUUCUCGUACGUGGUUCCUCGAUGCCAUCUGCAUUCUCCACGACUGCGGGGUGAUUACUUGUAACGAUGUCUGGCUGCUGGAGAGGGAGUUGAGGAGGUGCGCUUUCACAGCGAUGGACGGGUAUCUUCAGAGUAAAGGGUGGACUGUCUACCACGCCGAGCGUUGUUCAUGA